AUGGCCUUCCAUAGCUUCCUGCUGGAACCAAUUAGCUGCCAUGCCUGGAACAAGGAUGGAACCCAGGUAGCUAUCUGCCCCAACAAUCACGAGGUCCACAUUUACAAGAAGGACGGGACCAAAUGGACCAGGAUCCACGAGCUCAAGGAGCACAAUGGCCAGGUGACAGGUGUGGACUGGGCGCCUGACAGCAACCGCAUCGUGACAUGCGGCGCUGACCGCAACGCGUAUGUGUGGACCCUGAAGGAGGGCUCCUGGAAACCCACUCUGGUCAUCUUGCGCAUCAACAGGGCGGCGCGCUGCGUCAAGUGGUCCCCUCAGGAGAACAAAUUUGCUGUGGGAAGCGGCUCACGACUCAUCUCCAUUUGCUACUUUGAGCAGGAGAAUGACUGGUGGGUGUGUAAGCACAUCAAGAAACCCAUCCGCUCCACCAUCCUCAGUCUGGACUGGCACCCCAACAAUGUGCUGCUGGCCGCAGGGUCCUGCGACUUCAAAUGCAGGGUAUUUUCGGCUUACAUUAAAGAAGUGGAGGAGAAGCCGAGCCCCACACCCUGGGGUAGCAAGAUGCCCUUCGGUGAGAUGCUGUUCGAGUCUGGGGGGUCGGCAGCCGAGGGUCUGAGUGCAGCGCCGGGCGGCGGUGGUGGAUGGGUGCACAGCGUGUGUUUCUCCAAUUCCGGAAACCGCCUAGCGUGGACUUCGCACGACUCUACUUUGUCGGUCGCAGAGGGUGGCAAGACCAGCACCGUGAGUAGUCUGCGGUCCGACACGCUUCCUUUGCUGUGCGUGACCUUCAUCACUGAGAGCAGCUUAGUUGCCGCUGGCCACGACUGUUGCCCAAUGCUCUUCGUGCUGGACGCAGCCAAAGCAGGUCUGGUGUUAGGUGGCAAACUGGACGUCCCCAAGCAGGCGGCCCAGAAGGGGAUCAGUGCUAGGGAGCGCUUCCAGAACCUGGACCGACGUGCCUCGGAGACCCAGUGCAACGACAAGGACCUCAGCACGCUGCACAAGAACAGCAUCAGUCAUAUCUCAGUGUUGCAAGGAGGACGCAACCAGUGCACCAAAUUCUGCACCACUGGCAUGGAUGGAGGCAUGUGCAUCUGGGAUGUUAAGACUCUGGAGUCCUCUAUGAAGAACCUAAAGAUCGUAUGA